GAUCGUUCUUUUCUUCCGUGGCCGCUAUCGACUGAGGAGCGUGGUACCCGGCGACCCGAGCUGACUUGAGAGAAAAUGGCCUGCGCACGUCCGCUCAUAUCGGUGUACUCCGAGAAAGGAGAGGCCUCCGGCAAAAAUGUGGUCAUGCCAGCCGUCUUCAAGGCACCAAUCCGCCCAGAUAUCGUAAACUUCGUCCACACCAACAUGCGCAAGAACAACCGCCAGCCUUAUGCAGUCAGUGAACUGGCCGGUCACCAGACCAGUGCUGAGUCCUGGGGUACAGGCAGAGCCGUGGCUCGAAUUCCCCGUGUGCGUGGCGGGGGAACCCACCGCUCUGGCCAGGGAGCCUUCGGAAACAUGUGUAGAGGAGGACGAAUGUUUGCCCCCACCAAGACCUGGCGUCGCUGGCACCGCAGGAUCAACACCACCCAGAAACGCUACGCCAUCUGCUCCGCCCUGGCUGCCUCCGCCCUGCCCGCCCUGGUCAUGUCCAAAGGUCAUCGCAUUGAGGAGAUUCCAGAGGUCCCCCUGGUGGUUGACGACAAAGUCGAGGGGUACAAGAAGACAAAGGAGGCAGUGCUGCUGUUGAAAAAGCUGAAAGCGUGGAACGACAUCAAGAAGGUGUACGCCUCUCAGCGGAUGCGCGCAGGUAAAGGUAAAAUGAGGAACCGCAGACGUAUCCAGCGAAAGGGUCCCUGCAUCAUAUUCAACGAGGACACCGGCAUCACAAAGGCCUUCAGAAACAUCCCGGGCAUCACACUGCUGAACGUGAACAAGCUCAACCUGCUGCGGCUCGCCCCCGGCGGCCACGUGGGACGCUUCUGCAUCUGGACAGAGAGCGCCUUCCGCAAGCUCGACGAGCUGUACGGCACGUGGCGCAAGCCCGCCGCCCUCAAGGUGGACUACAACCUGCCAAUGCACAAGAUGACCAACACAGACCUGAGCAGAAUCCUCAAGAGCCAGGAAAUCCAGAAGGCACUACGCGCUCCAAACAAAAAGAUCAGCCGACGGGUCCUUAAGAAGAACCCACUUAAGAAUCUCAGGGUGAUGAUGAAGCUCAACCCGUACGCCAAGACAGCACGCCGCAACGCCAUUCUGGUGCACGAUCCUGCCAUCAAAGCAAAGCUACUGAAGCCCAAGAAGAAGCCUGUAAAGAAGGCCCAGAAGCCAGCAGCCGAGAAGCCAGCAGCUAAGACCCCUGCAACUGAGUAAAGUCUUUCCGUACGGUCUGAGUUUACCAAUCGGCAUUCGGUCUAAAUAAAAAAUAUUCAAACCGUCCUAUGGGAUUCUUUUUCUUUUAGCUUCAGUUAGUCCUAGUACUCAGCUAGCCGUUAGUAUUCAGUUAGUCUGCCGCUGCACUUGCACUAGAAAAAAUGAUGAAAAUCAUACUGAGCUUGACAUUAUGAAGUGACAGUUAAAAAAUGCAAUCAACAGUUAAAUCCAUCCAUUUACUAAGCCACAAAUGUUUUUUUUUUCGAAGAGAAUAUUUGCAUGAUACCUUUACCUCAGUGACAAAAAAAGAGAACCGAGAAGGGAGAAGACAAAAUAGGCAAUAGUUUUAUCAAAGAAUCUUCGUUGGCAGUUAGAGAUAGAAGAUCAAGGUGGGAGAAUCGGGAGUGUUGCACUGAAAUGUUUGUGUUUAUUGGCUACAAGUUGAGUGGUGAGUCAGAGAAACUGCAUGCCGUAUAGCAGAAACAUGCUAGCGCAAGGUUUCUCAGCCUAUUGCACUAUAGAGGCCCACUAAAAUGUAUAUGAGAAUGGCCUUGGCCAACUUGGCUAUGCAGCUCUUUAAAAAAAAUAUAUAUAAAAGGCCACAGACACAGGGUGUUUUGAAAUGUUUUUGACCAGUUUGUUUAAUAUAUUAUGUGAUCUGCACUAUCAUAUUGUUUUCUCAGUAAUGUCAAAUGAAAUGCUUAGCUAUGCUUCAGUGAGCCUGGGCACUUUAAAUUUUCUUUCAUGCCUACCAAACCGGGCCGCUGUGUGUUUUGUGUUGUUUUGUUUAUCCGACUGAGCUUUAUCACUGUCCCAAAAAAGAAAACACAGUGGAGUUCUCAUGUUUUCAUGUGUAAUCCCUCCUUGUGUAAUCCAUGUUGGGUCAAAUAAUAAAAACCACAGAGUGGGCUCA